AUGGCGCUUCAAGUCCAAAUCGGCCAGCGUACGAAGGCAAAUACUCUGCGACACAUUAGCCAUCGCAAAGUAUCAGAGGCACCCGUGGUAUUUGUGCGAUAUGAUGGCCUGCGGUAUCAUAAAAUGCUCAUUGAUCGACAUUUAGCGCUCACUAUAAGCGGGUCGCUCAAACGCGCAGUCAAUCAAGGAUUAGCCACGGCGUGGGAAAAGAUUCUGAUGAAUUGA